UCUCUCUUUCUCUCACUGACUCACUCUCUCACACGCACUCGCUCGAGCUCCCCGGAUUUUUCAGUCUCCAAGGCAUGCAGAUCUCCAAGACCAUAUAGCCUCCGGACUGAACAAUACCGCGCGUGACAGAACGUUUCCCCCGAGGGCGAGGUGAAAAGAAAAACAAAAGCAGACCGUACCGGCGGGCGGCGGGGGUUUUUGUUUUUGGUUUGGGGGAGCGUCGAGCUUGGGGGGCAAUGGAGGGAAAGUGGUACCUUGGCUGCGCCCGCGCCUUGCCUGGUGGCGGAGAAGACACGAGCUGCUACUAGAGCGAGAAUCCAACUGACCGCGCUCGAGCUGCUGUAGCUGUCGGUCGACGUCUCCUGCACAGAAUUGAUGAUGCCGCUUCUUUUUCACACGGCCGUUUUCACCUCAUCCAUUUUAGGAUUCUAUUCACCCAUUCGGAUUGUUCUCCGAACCUUGGAAUAUAGAUGAUUACUGUGGCAUAGAUUAUUCUCUUUUCUCGUCCCUCCCUUCCCCCUCUUUUUAUGUAAAGGAGAAAAAGGGAAGACCAAGACUCGGGACAGCCUGUUUUCAUAGACUAUAGACUGUAUUUUCAACAUCUCCAAUCGCGCGCUCUCUCUCGCUCACGCCCCAACCUGAUCACCACGGCUUCUUGCUACGAGAGCAAGAGAGAGAAGAAAACUCAAAUCCCUAAUUAUCAACAAAUGUGAUUUAGGAUUAGGUUUUAGGGAAUCUUCGCUAUUUGCGGAUAAGCCAACAGAGAGGAGGCAUAAGGUUGGAUUUAGCUAUUGCUCGACUAUACCAUAGGCUAUCAAACAUUGCGGAUGGUACUGAAAUAAAUUAAUUAUUAAGGAUUUUCACCCAUUUUCUAUUCUAGGCUAUUUUUAUCUCCAAUGAGGACAAGACAACUGCAGAUCCUCUCAAGCUGAACUACUGGAGAAAAAGACGCAGUAUAGAUAUAAUGUAGCCUAGUUAGGUAUACAUUAUUGCUAGAUUUAAUUCAUCACCUUGCUGUCAUCCAUAGUUUAUUAUCGCAUAGGAUUAGGGCUAAAUUUAUCGAUUUCUAUACCUAGUGAAAUGUACCACCGUAUUUGCAUGAGGAUUCUGUCCACCUCCAAUGAAAAAAAUCAAGGAUGCCAUCCUCCUUUUUCAAUGAGAUAAAAACAGACAUUGACAUUUUAGCAUUUCAUUUUGGGAAUACCUUCUUACAUCAUCAAUAGGCUAAAAUAUAGAUUUGAACCACGAACUGCUCUCCGCUGAUACAACAAACCACGCCACCACCUCUCUCUCUCCCACAUCACCCACCCGUUCUCCAUUUAGACUCUAAGCACACACAGCGAGAGAAGUGAAGCCACCGUUUGCUCUCUCCUCAGCUCUCAUCUGCGCUCUAGCUCUCUCUCCUCUCCUCAGCUCUUUUUCCCCCGCUCUCUCCAAUGGAGGUGUCUUGGCCGUGAAGACCUGCUAGAGUGAGAGAGUAUCGUCGACCUAUAGACUAACAGACAGACCAACAGACUGACAGAAAGACCCACCACCACCUAUAGGUUCUGCAUGUGUGUUUAGCCCGGAGAUCUAUGGGGUGUAAUGUGGAACGAUCAUUGUGACUAUCCUCUCUGGUUCCUUCUUAACGAUCGGCGUCUGAUCUCCCCACUCCCCACAGAAUGGCACGCUUCGGUGACGAGGUGCCGAACCGAUACGGCGGAGGAGGAGGAGGCGGGGGUGGAGGUGGAAGUGGAGGCGGUGGCAAUGCCGGUCCUCUGGGGGCCCCUGGCCGCGGCGGGAGCCGUCAAGGGGGACCCCCGGGGGGCCAGCGUGUGUACAAGCAGUCGAUGGCCCAGCGGGCCCGGACUAUGGCUCUGUACAACCCAAUCCCGGUCAGACAAAGCUGCUUUACACUCAACCGCUCUCUCUUCAUCUUCAGUGAGGACAACUUUGUGAGAAAAGCUGCUAAAAAGAUUACUGAAUGGCCUCCAUUUGAAUGGAUGAUUUUGGCAACCAUCAUAGCUAACUGUAUCGUCCUGGCUCUGGAACAGCAUUUACCUGAGGAUGACAAAACUCCUCUUUCUGAGAGACUGGAUGAUACAGAGCCCUACUUCAUAGCCAUCUUCUGUUUUGAGUCAGGUAUAAAGAUUCUGGCUCUGGGCUUUGCCCUCCAUAAGGGCUCCUACCUGAGGAAUGGAUGGAACGCUAUGGACUUUGUAGUAGUGCUCACUGGUAUCUUGUCGACGGUUGGCUCCGAAUUUGACCUGCGAACACUGAGAGCAGUCAGGGUUCUGCGACCACUUAAGUUGGUGUCAGGGAUUCCCAGCCUGCAGGUGGUACUCAAGUCCAUCAUGAAGGCUAUGAUCCCCCUGCUGCAGAUCGGACUGCUUCUCUUUGUGGCCAUUCUGAUGUUCGCCAUCAUCGGCCUUGAGUUCUACAUGGGAAAGUUCCACACCACCUGUUUCGACAUCGCCACUGAUGAGAUUUAUGAUGAGUUGCCAUGCGGUACAGAGUUACCGUCCAGAUUGUGUCCUAAUGGGACCACGUGUAAAGGCUAUUGGCUGGGGCCCAACUAUGGGAUCACCCAAUUCGACAACAUUCUCUUUGCUGUCCUCACUGUAUUCCAAUGUAUCACCAUGGAGGGAUGGACCGACAUGUUAUACUAUAGUAAUGAUGUAGAGGGAAGUGCCUGGAACUGGAUGUACUAUAUCCCCCUCAUCAUCAUCGGGUCCUUCUUCAUGUUAAAUCUGGUGCUGGGCGUCCUCUCAGGAGAGUUUGCCAAAGAGAGAGAGCGAGUAGAGAACCGUGCAGAGUUCCUCAAAUUGAGACGCCAGCAGCAAAUAGAGAGAGAGCUAAACGGAUAUCUAGAAUGGAUCUGUAAAGCAGAGGAGGUCCUUCUGAACGAGGAUGGUACCAUUUUUACCGGUACCGUCAAGACCAAGAACAAGAAAGAGCUGCUGAAUCCAGAGGAGGGAGAAGACGGUAGAGCGAAUGGAGACCCAUUUGGCCGUGGUAGUCUACAGGAUGGGUCCAACUACAAUAGGAAGGAGCGGCGGAUACGGUUCUUCAUCCGUAAGAUGGUGAAGACUCAGGCCUUCUACUGGACUGUACUGUGUCUGGUGGGCCUCAACACCAUGUGCGUGGCUGUGGUACACUAUGAACAGCCUGAGAUCCUCUCCGACUUUCUCUUCUAUGCAGAGUUUAUAUUCCUGGGUCUGUUCAUGUCAGAGAUGUGUAUUAAGAUGUAUGGCCUGGGGACUAGGCCCUACUUCAACUCCUCCUUCAACUGCUUCGACUGUGUUGUGAUCGUGGGCAGUAUAUUUGAGGUGAUAUAUGCGGUCAUUAAGCCAGGGACAUCGUUCGGCAUCAGUGUGUUAAGAGCCCUCCGACUGCUCAGGAUCUUCAAAGUCACCAAGUACUGGGCCCCUCUACGUAACUUGGUGGUAUCGUUACUCAACUCUAUGAAGUCCAUCAUCAGUUUGCUCUUCCUCCUCUUCCUCUUCAUUGUCGUCUUUGCCCUUUUGGGCAUGCAGCUCUUCGGUGGACAAUUCAACUUUGAUGGUGGCACGCCGCCCACCAACUUUGACACCUUUCCUGCAGCUAUAAUGACAGUAUUUCAGAUCCUGACGGGUGAAGACUGGAACAUGGUGAUGUAUGAUGGGAUAGAGUCUCAGGGAGGAGUGAACAGUGGAAUGGUCUUCUCCAUCUUCUUCAUAGUGCUCACACUCUUCGGCAACUACACCCUGCUGAAUGUGUUCUUAGCUAUCGCCGUGGAUAAUCUGGCCAAUGCUCAGGAGUUGACCAAGGAUGAGGAGGAGCAAGAAGAGGCAGCUAAUGCCAAGACAACCCUGCAGAAGGCCAAGGAGGUGGCUGAAGUUAGUCCUCUGUCUGCCGCUAACCUCUCCAUCGCUGCAGUGACAGUAACAAAAACUGAGCGUAUCGAUGCCACAGAGAAUGUUCUCGACUGUAAGGAGCAGCAGAAGAACAAUAAGCCUGGUGGUAAAUCAGUGUGGGAACAGAGGACCAGUGAGAUAAGGAGACAGAACCUGAUGACCAGCAGAGAGGCCCUGUACAACGAAAUGGACACGGAGGACUGGAAGGUCAGGGGAGAGGGGGAGGGAGAGGUGUCGUACCCCCAUCGUGCGGGGGACAUGAAGACCCACCUGGACCGUCCGCUGGUGGUCAACCCCCAGGACAACCGCAACAACAACACCAACAAGACCCGGCCCGGAGAGCCCCCUCUAGACCCACAGGACACCCUGGGUCACCAGAGGGCUGAAGAAUACAUCCGACGCCAGGCCCGCUACCACCAGAGAAACAGGGGUGGAGAACCAGGGGGAGUUAGUGGCCCAGAGAGAGAGGCCCGUCUGGGGCACGGGGGGAGCAGAUUGUCCCUGCAGACGCUGGAGGGUAUUGAAGAAAGAAGGGAACAUGGAAGGAGAUGUAGGCAUACAGAAGGGAAGGAGAGGAGGAGUGUGUCACCGCAGAAUAGCGAGGGAGGAGUGGGGGAUGAGAAGAGGAGGCACAGGAGGGUUAGGAGGGAGGGGGAGGAGGGAGGGAGAAGGCAUAAGGGUAAGGGGACAGAGGGGGUAGUGGUAGGGGAAGGGGGUGAGGUAGAGGGGGAGGGGAGGAGGCCGAGGCGUCAUCGGCAUGGAGAGAGGAGCCGACAGCAUCGAGUUAGAAAAGACCACUACGGCAGUGGCCCCAACCUCUCCACCGCUCGGCCCAUCCUCAGACAGGACAGUCAGUACAGUGAAGACCUAGACAACCUCUUCAACAACAGCAAACUACACAGCAACACGCACACACACGACCACACACUCCACGCGCUGCCCCCGGACCACCCUGACCUUGUGAAUAACCUCCUGAACCGCAGUGUGACCGCAGAUACACGCCUCCAUAGUAUGGACAGUCUGAUUCUGACCAGUAUGGCCAAGCCGGCCCAUACGGUCGUGGAUAUGAUGCCUCCUGUCUAUCCAUAUCCCUCUACCAAUGCCAUCCUUCAAGUGAACAAGAACGCUAACACAGACCAGAAAAAGAAGGAUGAGGAGAAGAAGGAGGAAGAGGAGGAUGAAGGGGGCGAUGAAGAUGGUCCCAAACCAAUGCCCCCGUUCAGCUCCUGUUUCAUACUGUCCACCACCAACCCGUUCCGUAGGUGCUGCCACUACAUCCUGACUAGGAAGUACUUUGAGUUCAGUAUCCUGUCUGUCAUCGCUAUGAGCAGCAUCGCCCUGGCUGCAGAAGACCCUGUCUGGCCUGAGUCACCAAGCAACCAAGUCCUGAAAUACUUUGACUAUGUCUUCACGGGCGUCUUCACUUUUGAGAUGUUGAUCAAGAUGGUGGUGUUAGGCCUGUUCUUACAUCAGGGUUCAUACUUCAGGGACCUGUGGAACAUCCUGGACUUUAUAGUGGUUAGUGGUGCUCUGGUGGCCUUCGCCUUCACGGGGACUGGCAAGGGGAAAGACAUCAGCACGAUCAAGUCUCUGAGAGUACUGAGGGUACUACGACCUCUCAAGACCAUCAAACGACUCCCCAAGCUAAAGGCUGUGUUUGACUGUGUGGUGAACUCUCUGAAGAACGUCCUGAACAUCCUCAUCGUCUACAUGCUCUUCAUGUUUAUAUUUGCUGUGGUGGCUGUGCAGCUGUUCAAAGGCAGAUUCUUCUACUGCACUGACGAGUCCAAGGAGUUUGAGCGCGAUUGCAGGGGAGAGUUUUUGGUGUACGAACGGCAUGAAGUAAAAGCUCAGAAGCGGGAGUGGAAGAAGUACGAUUUCCACUACGACAACGUGCCUUGGGCCCUGCUCACCCUCUUCACUGUGUCCACUGGAGAGGGCUGGCCGCAGGUGUUAAAGCAUUCGGUAGAUGCGACCUAUGAGAACCAGGGUCCCAGUCCGGGGUACCGGAUGGAGAUGUCCAUCUUUUACGUGGUGUACUUCGUUGUCUUCCCCUUCUUCUUCGUCAACAUCUUUGUUGCUCUCAUCAUCAUCACCUUCCAAGAACAGGGGGAUAAGAUGAUGGAGGACUACAGUUUGGAAAAGAAUGAGAGAGGAUGUAUAGACUUUGCCAUAAACGCCAAGCCCCUGACCCGCCACAUGCCCAAGAACAAGCAGAGCUUCCAGUUCCGAAUGUGGUCGUUUGUAGUGUCCCCACCAUUCGAGUACAGCAUCAUGGGUCUGAUCGCACUCAAUACUAUAGUCCUCAUGAUGAAGUAUAAUGGGGCGUCUGACACCUAUGAUAAAGUCCUGAAGAACAUCAACAUCGUCUUCACUACACUCUUCUUCAUGGAGUGUAUUCUCAAGAUCAUCGCCUUCGGGGUUUUGAAUUAUUUUAAAGACGCUUGGAACAUUUUUGAUUUUGUCUCCGUGCUCGGAAGCUUCACUGAUAUCCUAGUGACAGAAUUCUGGAAUAACUUCAUCAACCUGAGUUUCCUUCGACUGUUUCGAGCAGCUCGUCUCGUCAAGCUACUGAGACAAGGAGAGACUAUACGCAUCCUGCUCUGGACUUUCGUCCAGUCAUUUAAGGCGCUGCCCUAUGUGUGCCUCCUCAUUGGCAUGCUGUUCUUUAUCUACGCCAUCAUUGGGAUGCAGUUGUUUGGGAAUCUGGCACUUGGCGAGGAGGAAGGCAGCGCCAUCAACGAACAUAACAACUUCAGGACUUUCAUCAUGGCACUCAUGUUACUAUUCAGGAGUGCGACAGGUGAGGCGUGGCAUGACAUCAUGCUGUCGUGUCUGGGGGGUAAGAAGUGUGACCCAGACUCAGGGAACACAGAACCAGAGUGUGGCAGCACCUUCGCAUACACAUACUUCGUCUCCUUCAUCUUCUUCUGCUCUUUCCUGAUGCUGAAUCUGUUUGUGGCUGUCAUCAUGGAUAACUUUGAGUACCUGACCAGAGACUCAUCUAUACUGGGUCCUCAUCACCUGGACGAGUACGUCAGGAUAUGGGCCGAGUAUGACCCCGCUGCCUGCGGCCGAAUCACUUACAAUGACAUGUAUCAGAUGCUCAGGCACAUGUGUCCACCACUAGGCCUGGGGAAGAGGUGCCCCGCCCGGGUCGCCUACAAGAGGCUGCUGCGCAUGGACUUGCCGGUUGCUGAGGACAACUCAGUGCAUUUCAACUCCACCCUCAUGGCUCUGAUUCGGACGGCGCUCGACAUCAAGAUCGCCAAGGGAGGAGCCGACAAACAUCAGAUGGACGCUGAGCUGAGGAAAGAAAUGAUGGCCAUUUGGCCCAACCUCUCUCAGAAGAACCUAGACCUCCUGGUCACGCCACACAAGUCAGCCACAGACCUGACGGUGGGGAAGAUCUACGCUGCCAUGAUGAUCAUGGAGUAUUACAGACAGAGCAAGGCCAAGAAGCUCCAGGCCCUCCGCGAGGAGCAGAACCGAACACCGUUAAUGUUUCAGCGCAUGGAGCCGCCCUCCCCCGGGGCAGGCGAAGGGGGAGGAGGGGGAGGCCCCGACGGGACGGGAGGAGGGAUGCCAGGGGUCAACGGCCUCCCCGCCACAGAGCACGACCCCAACAGCAUACCUCCAGAGGGUGGGAUGACAGAGAGCCAGUCGUGGGUGACAGCUAAAGCUCAGGAGAUGUUUAACAAGACGGGCAACUGGAGCCCAGAGAGACCCUACCCCGAACAUCUCCAUGACAACAGACACAACCCCCAGACGGUAGAGAUGAGAGAGAUGGGGCGGGACGGGUACUCGGACACUGAGCCCUGUCACCCAAUGGCAAUGGACAGGCAUGGUCGGACCAUCUCCAUGCCCCGCCUCUCAGAUGACAACCAAAGUGUACACGCCGCUGCGCGGAGACGACACAGGCCCCGUGGACAUAACCACCUCAGUACCAUAACGGACACCAGCCCCAUGCGUCGGUCCACCUCCUCUCUGGUCCACGGGCGUUCUGGCAGGGAGAGGGGGGUGAGGCUGGAUGACUACAGCCUGGAGAGGGUGGAAGGGGAGGGGAGGCACGGUGGGGGAGGAGGGGGGCAACGCAGGGACAGGAGGGACAGGAGCCACCGCACCUCUCAGAGGUCCCUGACCAGAUACACAGACGCAGACACAGGGUUGGGCACAGACCUGAGCACCACCACCCAGUCUGGAGAACUGCCCCCCAAGGAGCGUGAACGCGAACGCGGUCGAGCCAAAGACCGCAGGCACCACCAUCAUCACCACCACCACGGUGGCUCCAUGGAGAAGGAGGGCCGCUACGGGCCAGACAGACACGGGCCAGAGUACAACCACAGACACCCCCACGACCGGGGGGACAGACACUGGUCCCGCUCUCCUAGUGAGGGGCCCGACGGACGGGGCCACAGACAGGGCAGUAGCUCGGUGAGUGGCAGCCCAGUCCCCUCCACAUCCGGUACCUCCACCCCCCGCCGCGGGCGCCGCCAGCUCCCCCAGACCCCCGCCGUGCCACGCCCCCACGUCACCUACUCCCCAGCCAUGCGACACCCCAAGCCCACCUAUGGAGCGGGUCCUCCUGGACGGCUCCGCUCCCCCUCUCCCCGACACUUCUCCCCCCCAGAGCACGACGGAGGGGGGUAUCACCGUCCGCCAUCGCGUCACGUUUCCCCACUUGAGCACGGAGGGUCGAGGCACGGGUCUCCGAGAUCGGCCCGGCAACAGUCGGGGUCUCGUUCACCUCCGCCCCACCAUGGGUCACCCCGGUCCCCCCGCCACGGGCGCUGGAGCGGUCCCCCUCCCGGGGAUAGUUUGGAGAGCGAGGGCGGCCCGUUCUACGAGCGCGACUGCGAGUACGAGCGCCAGCACGAGCCGCCCGCCUACGAGCAGAGCCUCAGCAACCCACAUCCCCACGGCAACCCCCACCCGCACGGCAACCCCCACCCGCACGGCAACCCGCACCCACGCUCCCCCAGGACUGCCCGGCACGGGGGCGGCGUGGGCCCACCACCUCCUCUUGCUCCCCCUCACCCCCGACGAGUCCCAAACGGUUACCGCUCGUCUUCGCCCUCCCCGCACCGGCGAGGGCCCCAACAUCAACACCCCCAUCCAGGGGGACCAGCCCACCGGUCCCCCCCUCAUCACCGGGUCCCCCAUGGAGGCCCCAGAGGCCCCCGGAAGGGUCUGCACGAACCCUACAGCGAGACGGACGAGGACGACUGGUGCUAGCACAGCGAAGGAACAGAAGAACGAGGGAGUCGAGGAAGAGAGGAAAUGGAGGGAGGAGAGGAGUCUCUCCGUCUCCCCCGUCCUCUGUUCUUCGUUAUGCAGACUUGAAUAAAGGGUAAAGGGAUGCAGAAGGGGGUGAGGAAAGGAAAGGAGGAGAGGAGGAUUUGGGAGAAGUCUCUCCAUCUCUCUACCUCCACCCCUGAGACUCAGACUUGGAUGGAGUGAUGAGGGAUAGAGGGAUGGUUGGAGGAGAGGAGGCACACCGUGUGGAUGUGUGAGACUCUAAACUCAGAGCAGACAUGACAAAGAGAGACAGCUAUAAGGCGCAACUACACACCUCUCCUCUUCUCCUCUGUCUCAACUACCAUACCCAGAGUUCUCAGCGAGCCCAGGGGGGAGUGGACCGAGGGAUGGUGGAGAGGUGCUGACGGAGGUGUGGAGAAGGAAGAACGAAUGAAUGAAAGGAAGGGAGGAGCAUGUAUAUUAAGUUACAAGUGGCCAAUGAAAGCUAAAUAAAAGCACCUGUCCUAGGCUGUUUAGGAGAGAGGUGGGUUAGUUAAGUUAAGCUAUACCUGGGUGCUCUUGCUGUUCUGUCAUUCUAUUCUGCUAGCCUGAUAAGUGUUAGGAGCUAAUAGCUAAACGCUAGCUAGCUAACGCUGCUCUUGGUCUAACCUAGACGGACAUGUUUAAAACAACAACAAUGAAAACCCAUGCCAGGACCCCCUAUCCUUAUACACGCCAAGCUAUGCCUCCAGAAAAAUCUAACUUGAAGACUAAAGAACAGAAAACAAAAACAAACAAACUUUGAAAAAAAAAGACGAGAAAAAAAGGGAGAACAACCACUUUAACUUUAAAACGUUCCUUUCCUUAAAGGGACAGGACUAGAACUAGGAAGCUCCGCCUCUACUGCAAAAACCAGCCAAUGACAGCAAUGGCUGAUAUUUGAUGAGUUUUAUCAUCUCCUGUUUACUGUUACAGACUCACGAUAAUGCUGACGACGGACCUGGUGUAACCUCACUUCCUAUGGUUGGGGCCUAGUGUGACAUCACUUCCUGUUCCGGUGGGUGGGGCCACAGGGGAGGGGCUGGGGGCGGAGUUAUGGACCCUUAGGGGGCGUAGUUUGUUUGCCCCCCUAUCUUCUCUCCCCCCUUCCUCUCUCCUCCAUCCUGCCGAAAAAGAAAGGACAGGAAAGGAAAAACGAUGGGGGGAGGAGAGGAAAGAAAGAAGUGAAGGGAGGGAAAAGACUAUUUCUUCAGUAUUUCUUCUAUCGAUUACUUCUUCUUCUUCUAGUUCUUCUUCUUGGACAUUGGAGCUUGUUUCUUCUGUUGCAUUCGCUCAAGCCUCUGUUAAUCCGUUCUGGAGUCAAACUUAUGUCAAAACUAUGAUGCAUGAAGGAAUUAAAAAAUAAUAAUAUCUAGAGAGAAUAUCUACUGUUGGGGAUAUGGGGGGCAUAUUGGGUUUAUAGAAAAUCUUUACAUUUUAGGUUUUGAUUGAAGAAGUUAUCUUUUUCUGACUCUCUCUCUCUCUCUCUCUGUCUAUCAUCAUGCGUUUGUUUAUUGAGUAAAUGUUGGUUCUAUAUCACCCUAAGGAUCUGAUGGACAACCUUUUUUAAGUUAGAUUUCCGCCCAAUACGGUUUUAAAGCUACCAUUUUCUUAUCUUGAAAGUACUCCUAAGUCCCUAAGAUGCUCCAAAAUUUUACUAAGAUACUCCUAAGUUGUUUUGAGGAAUAAGAAAGAAUUGAGAGAGCUGUGAGGAGAGAGAAAACUUCAACCUCUUUAAAGAAUGGAUUUUUAUUGUUAAUGAUGAUGAUAGUCUUAUAAAUACUGAUAUCAAUGUCAAUGCAAAACGAUGAAGGAUGAUGAAGAUGAUGAUAGAGUUGUUUACCGUAGAUCUGUUGUCAUGUUUUUUUGGAGUUUCAAUCUGCUGUGUCCCAUCUUGUUUUCAUCCUUUAUUUUCCUUGGGUUCUGUUCAAACUGUUCACAAACUGUUCAAAAACUGUUCCAAAACGCCUUUAACCGGGUCCGAUACAUGCAACACGCAUAAACGUUUCAGGUAGGGUUAGAUGUCGGAUUGUGAUUGUGAGCAACACAGAUAGAACUGUGUAGCGUUGUGUAACGCAGCUCUUUACCUCUGAUAGGUCCCCCUCAGUGGUAGACAGAGAAGGUGUGACUGGUAACCGGGGCCACGUUCAGUAGCCAAACAUUAUUGAAUGUUGCAGAUAGAAAUAUCAUUAACAGAGUCGACAUGGUUCUUCACUCUACAUGUAAGAGAUGCAUGUUUGUUCUUAAUAGCAUAUUUCUAUCUGAGCGUUCCAAAACAUUGUGUCCUGCUGAGCGUGCCCCAGUUACAGCCAAAUUAACCGGCCAACCAACCACCCGUCAGACCUCCGCACAGUAUCUGAUAAACAGCUAGCUGUGAACCAUAGAGUUAGAAAGAAGACUUGAUAAAACGGGUUAUAUCCACCUAGAGUCCUCUUUCUAUCUCUAUGCUGUGAACGAGCUCCACCUCACAUCCCCUAGAGCUCUCCACUAGCUGUCUAGUCUCUCUGUCUUUCUCAUUUUACAUGGCAUCUUUAGCAUUGAGCUGCUUGCUUUACCAAGCCAGAGGAGAACAUUCUAGAAACUAGUCUAGACUCUAGAAACUCUAGUACAUUCUAGAGCAAUCUUUAGACAGGAACGCUAACAUGAUUGUUUCCUGAUGUUUUGAAUGAAACACAUUUAUUUUGCUAUGAUUACAGUUCUGUAGAUUGUAACAGAUAUUCGCUAUAAUAACUCUUAAGAUGAUAGAUACAGUAUAGAUAUAUAGAGAUAUAGAACUUUAUAUAUUAUAGAGAGAGAAAUAAUUUUAUUUAUUUCAAACAUUCUAGCUAAGUAGCUAGCGCUCAGAAAAUCUCCAUUGAAAUCAGCUACACUGAUUCAAAUUGCACUGUGUCACUAUAGCUCCACACAAUAUCCCACUACAAACUCUAUGCAGAUCUAUCCGACAAACAUUUCUCCUUUACCAUUAUAGUGCAGAGCGGUCGUGCCGUUAUAAAUAAAUGACAAUACGUAAGUGACCACAUAGAAAUAUAAUGUAUGGAACAGGCCUCCCAAUUCAAGUCAAUGAUGGCAUAUCUAUAGAUUGCAUUUCUAUGGGUGACCAAGUCAGAUAGUGUAUAUACAACAUUUUAAUAUAGAUGGAUAGAAAUAUAUAGAUAGAGGG